CGGUAAAAACACGACACGAUCGUAGCCAGUACUAAUCGCAAAUCUUCCUACCUGCCACUUUGGAAGUACAGCUUUUACAAUAUUUUUUUUGUCACGGAACAAAAUAGCGUAACGAAAGAGCCUAGCUUAAUUCUUUUCAGUCCUUCUGCUUUAUCCUCGCAAUACGUAUCAUGGCGAUGCGAGCCGUCAAUCAGCUGGCAGUCUUUUUCGUCUUGCUUUUGUUGACAAUCGAUGACUACCUUAUGGCGGAGGCCUCAUGGAGGCGCCGUAUUGUUGGUGAUAUCGCGUGGGCAAUGGAUGUUGUGCCGGUCAAACGUGCGCAGGACUCCGCUAAGCGAGGAAAUGGGAUGGUUUCACUUGCUACUUUGGAUAGAGACACAAGGACGAUUUUGGUCAUUGGGAGAAACACAUUUUUUGUGGCCGACUUAUCCCCGGGAGACAAGAUUCGAAUCGAAGGUAGUGCGGUUGGGCUAAAAGUCUUGAAUAUUGAAGGCGACCAUAAAAUGACUGUGGAUGGUAUUGAUUUCCCUGAAGGUGUCCCACUUCCUGACGAGAAUGUUGGCUAUGACAUUUUAGGACGUGUCGAUACCAAGGUAGUCUUCGAAAAGGUGUUGGAUAAGCUUACAGCAGGAGGGGCUGUCGGAAUCUUUCCGGAAGGAGGUAGCCAUGACAGAACGGAGCUUUUACCUUUGAAAGCAGGUGUUGCCCUCAUUGCUUAUUCUGCUUUUGAGAAGAUUGGACAGAGUGUCCCCAUUGUUCCUGUUGGCUUGAACUAUUUUAGGGCCCAUCGCUGGCGCGGACGGGCGGUGAUUGAAUAUGGCCAACCAAUCUCUCUCAACCCGAAGACAAUGCCGGAUUAUGAAGCCGGAGGACUACGAAGACGCAACGUGUGCAACCAACUGCUUGAAAAUAUUGAGACCUCAAUGAAAUCUGUAAUCGUUUCGACACCAGACUUUGAGACUUUAGAACUCAUCCAUACCGCAAGACGUCUAUAUCAAAGGAAGACAGGCCCAAUGAAUAUCUCGGAGAAGCAAGAUCUGAGUCGCCGGUUUGCAGAAGGUUACAAGAGACUUCUUCUCAUGACAAACGGCAAGCCACCGACAGAAUGGUUAGAUCUUCAAAGCCGUGUCGUCGAGUAUAGAAACGAGCUAAAGCAUUUGGGAUUGAAAGACUACCAAGUGAAUGCCUUGGUCGGUGAACAUCUCGAUGCGACAAUGAACGUCAAGGAAGUCGACGGUGAUGUCGUACUUUCUUUCUUGCAGCUUCCGUAUCAUAUAGUUCACCUCCUGCUUCUCGUCGCUCUAGCAGCCGUCCCAGUUAUGCUUUUGAAUCUCCCAGUCGGUGUACUAGCUGGUUUGUAUGCCGAACAGCGCCGAAAGCGUGCCCUUGCCAAGUCAAAAGUCAAAAUUCAUGGAUACGAUGUGAUGCUAACCGAGAAGGUCAUGUUUUGUAUUGUCAUGGUGCCCUUGAUGUGGAUGUUUUACGGGUUUCUUCUCUUUUUUCUAACUGAAUUGGAUCGGCCGACAAUUGCUUUGGGGAUUCUUUCGAUGCCUCUGUUUUCAUACACAGGAAUCGUUGCUGCAGAGGCUGGGAUGGUGGACUUGAUGGAUUUGCGCCCAUUCUUCAUGCGCCUGUUCCCGUCUGCUCGUAGACGUCUUGCGGCAUUGCCUGAAAAGCGCCGAAUUCUACAGAAAGAUUUACGAGCCUUUAUCCGCUCGAUUGGACCUGGUCUAGGGGAAAUCUACUUUAAACCUGACAUAAAUUGGAAGGAAAUUAUCGAAGCAUCAAAAAGUUCUGAUGGAAUGGAUCCAAACAAACCCAAGUGAGGGGGUUCUUUACAGCAUCCACCCACACACCACACACACAGGAGACCAGCUCUUCAUGGAAAAACCAAAAGAGAGUUUCCUAUUUUGCAGCAAGAUCAAAUUGUGUGGAAAGAGGCACUUACAGUAUAAAAUUGCUCAGCAUAACUUUCACUGGUUUACAUUGCUUAACAUUUCAGCUUUAUGGGAGAAAAGGAUGGAGCAAAAAUGGUUCACAAAAUAUGUAUUACAUUCCUGGAAGGCAUCAUACUUUCAACCCACCAGUCUACAACCCUGAACAGUUAACUGUCAUUGGAUCUUUUUAAAGUGUAAGCUGGAAUGAAAGAAUGACAAAACUGGCUUGCAAGUAGUCUUGGUCACAUCUGAUAUAUUUGUCUCCAUUCUCAAUUGUUUUUAUUGAGCCAAAUUGGCAUCAAACUAAUGUCUUAGAAAAUUUUGAUACAUUUUCUGUC